AUGGCAUAUUUAAAAAAAUUGUUCCUUAUUCUGUUUUGUAUGUAUGUACCUAAAAAGGCGAAUAAGUAUGUAAAAAAUAUAUCUCUAGCUGAAAAGCAACAGAAAGAAGAGACAAGUCCAAGUGAACAACGACCUGCUUAUAAUUUAAUUGAUCUUCUAGAGGAAUUAGAUAUUUUGUCUAUAUCGAAUAAAGAUGAAGUAGAAAAACGAAGAAAGGAAACAACUCAAGAGACGCGGUUGUUAGGAAAUAUUGAUUUAGGAUAUGGAAAAUUAGGAGAGGGAAUAAAGCAUGAAAAUUUACAGGAAGAAUUAGGAAACAGAUUAUUUGGUAAUGAACAACCAGGAUAUGGAAAAAUGGAAUAUGAAGUAUUAAGUGAUGAUAACAUAGUGUAUGAAAAUAUACAACAUGAUUUAUUAAAAACAAUAGAAGAUGAUGAAGAAAUGUUAAAAGGAACUGAAAGGAAGGAUAAUAUAGAUAUACUGAGGACUCCUGGAAGGGGAGAAUAUAAUAUGUGGUCUACUUCUGGACUAGGGUUCUAUGAAUUAUAUGAUGGUUCAAGAUUAGGAAGACCUGAAUUAUUAGGACGCCAUUUAUGGGGAAAUUAUGAUUUAUUCGGAGGUGGUCAAGCAAAAUGUGAAGAAGAAAAAGAAUUAAUGGGAGCAGCUGGAGGAAGAUAUGUCGAAGAAGAGGUAGAGGGAGCAGUUGGAGGAAGAAAUGUGGAUGAAGAGGUAGAGGGAGCAGUUGGAGGAAGAAAUGUGGAUGAAGAGGUAGAGGGAGCAGUUGGAGGAAGAAAUGUGGAAGAAUACGAAGGAACAUAUAAAGAUGAAAAAUAUAAAUAUUCACAAUAUCGUGGUGAUAGUCAUAAAGGGAAAUAUGUAGAGAAACGGGAUAAUACAUCUUUUAUGCCGCGUUUGAGAACAUGGAGACCUAGAGAUAGAGGAGAAGGACAGUCAACUGAGAAUGUAAUAUAUAUUUCGGAUUCAUCUAAAGGUGCUAUACCAAAACAACAUAGAAGUGUAAAAUAUAAUAAAAAAGAUCAAGAAGAUAUUCCAGGAGACUUAGGAGAAGAAUAUGAAGAAGAUGAUGAAGAGGAAGAAGAACAAAAAAAGAAAGCUCAAAAGAAUAGAGAUUUAGGAAAAAAAAACAUAUAUAAAUAUGAAGAAAGUUUAUCUUAUAUUAUUGAUGAUAAAUCAAUAUAUAUAAGCAACGAUGAUAUAGAUGAAUUUAGAAAUGUAAUUAUAACAAGUAAAGAUAUUAAUCAAAAAUUUGAUUUUACAUUAAUUGAGAAUUAUUUAGGUUUAGGUAUAAGUACAAAAGAGGAUGUUGAAAAGAUGAAUGUUAAAUAUCCUUUAUAUAGAGGUGAAAAAAUUAAUUUUAAAAAUCUUCGCAAUCCUUUUCGAAUUGAACAUCCAUAUUUAAAAGAAAUGGAAAGUUUAUAUGUAUCUGAAAUGUUAUUUUAUGAUGAUUAUUUAGCUUUGGAUUUAUUUAGUUUUUUAAGUGAACAGGUUGUUGGGAAUUUAACAUUACAAAAAAUUCUUAUAAUAUUUAAGAAUGAAGGGAUUAAAUAUUUACAUUUUAGCGAGGAUACUCUGAAAUAUGUUAAUUUUAAUUAUCCUGAUUUUAACUUAUAUAAAUGUAUGAAUUUAUAUAAGAAAAAUUAUGUUGAUAGGGAUGAGAAAGAUAUCUGUGAUUUUUCAAAUGAAGAUUUUCCGUUAAUAAAAGAAAAUAACAAGAGAAUCAGGGCAAUUUUAUUAGAUUUGAAAAGAAGAAGUCUUAUUCGAAAUAUGACAAAAGGUGAAAAACAAUUACUCAAAAGCAUAAUAUUUGAACAGAAAAAAACAUAUUCUUUAAUAAGAAAAAUAUUAAGUAAUUUUACAUUAAUAAUAAAUAAAAUUCGUAGGGAUUAUAGUAAUAUACUUUCUAAUAUAUCUUCUAAUGGUACGUUAUUACCUAGAGAUGGAUUUUUAUUACAAAGUGCAUAUUAUAUCUUAAACUAUUGUCUUUCUAUUGUAAAACCAUUUUAUGAUAAAAUACAAAAGAAUGAACAAUAUAAUUAUAAUGAAAUAGCACGCUUAUCUGGAAUGAUAAACAGUUUAAUAAAUGUUUUAGAGUUCAUUGAACACAAUAGUGCGUUGUAUAAUGAUUUACUUAAUCGCUGUAAAUGUUUACAAAGUUUUUAUCCUCGAGUAGAUUCUGAAGAAGGUUUGGUAAAAUUUUACCGUUAUGUAAUAGCGAAAAUUGAAGUAAUGGCUCUCGUUUACGAUAUCCAUAUUAUAUUAUCAAAAAUGAAUAAAUGUGAAAUGCUAGUAAAAGAAUAUGAAAGGUAUAAAUUUCCUUCAUAUCACAGAUUAUUAGUAAACAACGAAAUUCUAUUAAAUGAUGCUGAAAGGAUAUUAUUUGAAAACAAUUAA